AUGGAUCUCGACCUUGCGUUAAGGGUUGAUUCUCCUCCACCUCUUACGGAUAAGAGUACCUCUGAUGAAAAGAGGGAUAUGGAAAGGUGGGAGAAAUCAAAUCGCAUAUGUAUGAUGAUCAUGAAGAAAGCCAUUCCGGAAGCAUUCAGGGGCACAAUGUCUGAUAAGAUUACUACGGCUAAAGAGUUCCUUGCGGACAUUGAAAAAAGGUUUGUCAAGAACGAAAAAGCUAAAAUAGGUACGCUCUUGACAAGUCUAAUUUCAAUGAGGUAUAGGGGCAAAGGCAAUAUCAAGGAGUACAUCCUAGAGAUGUCUCAUCUUGCUUCAAAGUUGAAAGCACUUAAGCUUGAACUCUCUAAGGACUUGCUGGUGCAUCUGGUUUUGAUAGCCCUUCCGGCACAGUUUAACCAAUUUAAGGUGAGCUACAACUGUCAGAAAGAGACUUGGUCUUUGAAUGAGCUCAUAUCACACUGUGUUCAGGAAAAGGAAAGGCUGAAGCAAGAUAAGGCAGAAAGUGCUCACCUGGCCUCAACCUCUAAGGACAAGGCCAAGGGAAAGAAAAGGAAGAAGGAAGCUGCAUAUACAACACCUCAGAAGAAACAACAAAAGAAACCUGUUGAACCGGAAGGUACAGGUUGUUACUUCUGUGGAGUUGAAGGGCAUAUGAAGAAGCAUUACACCAACUAUCACGCAUGGCGUGCUAAGAUUCUGGUGCAUCAGUGUGUCUAUACAGGGUUGCUUGAGUUGCCGAAAGCCAAGUGA